AUGACUUCUCCGACUUCGAUCCGACCACUUCAUCGACCCUAUUGGAUGGAUCAAACCAUGCUUACCGGGCAUCGAAUCGGAGAGGGCAUUGACCUGGUCGACAACGAUAGGGAGUACUCUGUAUCCGUGGAUGUGUCGCAGUUUGAACCCGAAGAACUUACGGUAAACAUUGUAGACAACGUCCUCACAAUCGAAGGGAAACAUGAGGAGAAAACCGACAAAUUCGGAAAGGUUGAGCGGCAUUUUCCUGCGCAAGUACGAUCUGCCGAGCACAGUGAAAGCCGACGAGGUGAAAAGUGA